GUCUCUCAACCUCCAAUUCGUCGAAUUAAAGAUUACCAAUGACAAGAACUUGAGUUGUCACCUCUCGUCCUAGCCUUAGGUAAACUCAAGACUUUUUGCUUUGUCUCUUUGCCCUAAAUUAAACAAUCAAAUCUAAUUUUUAGAUUUCAUUAUUAAUUGCAAAGGUAAUUAAUUUCGUAUUCGAUAAUACCGAUUGGAAUACCGAAAUAUCGAUUGGGAUGCCGAAAUAUCUAGGGAUUGGAAUUGCGAUACCGAAAUUUUUAGGGAUUGAGAUUUGGAUUGAUUUUAGAGUGUAAUUCGGUAUUUAGUAUUGGGAUACCGAUGCCGUACCGAUUUCCACCUCUAGUUUCCACAUUGGUGACUACCAAGUGCUUAAUAGUUUUUUUUAUUCCCAUAAAUAUAUAUCUAUAAUUGGUUUAGGCUAGCAUAUGCCCCCGCAUACGCUAACCUAUCGUAUGCCCCAUUGAGUUUUGUUAUUUAGAUCAUGAAUUACCCAGAGUUUGGGGCAUGAUACUAUACCUUAACCUCUAAUGGGUGAAAUCCAGUCCCUAAUUUUCUAACCCAAACCAUGAGAUUCAUUUAAUUUUAAAAUGAAAUUCAUUUAUAAUUUCGACGAAUCGGAAUCGUUGAUUUUCAUUUCAAGAUUAAUAAUGAAUAUUAUGCUUUGGGUUAGUGACUUGGGGAUUGGAAUUCAUGCAUUAGGGGUUAGAGUGUAGUAUCACACCCAAACUACGUUUAAUUUAUUGUCUAAAUAACAAAACUUAUGGGCAUAUGGUAAAUUAGGGUAUGUUCGGACCUACACUAACCUUUGUCGUCUAUAAGGUUAUAUUUAGUAUUUACCCAUAAAUUUAUAGAUAAAACGGAUAAUAAUUUCUUCGAGCAACCACAUUGUCCGGUUCGACGGUCGGAUUCCUUAUGCCAAUCGUAUUUGAGUGUCAGCAACGUUUUCCUUUUCGGAUAUGGUUAAGUUUGUGCUUAUUAUAUCUUGAUCGGUGGUUAGUUCAUUUGAAGCCAGACAAACAAUUGGAACCCAAACAUUUCCUUUCGCCUUCCAAAUCCGCAAGCAAAAGCAGAGUCUUCUGUCAAUUGGUCUGAGCCAUGGCGACGGAAAGCUGCACCACGGUUUCAGAUCUGGCGCUCGGCGCACGGUUCCGCCCUGCUCGAGUCUGCGGAAAACGACGCCUCCUUUCAGAAGUAAAUCCUCCUACUCCAGCGAUUAGCAAACUGGGAGACGAUCUCCUCACAGAAAUUCUGGUUCGCGGUUUCCCGAAUCCUAGAUCCGCCUGCCGGAGCAGGGCCGUAUGCAAGCAAUGGAGAUCCCUGAUUUCCGAUCCCUGCUUCGGUCGUCGUUUCCUUUCUUACCACCAGAGCAUGAACACCCACCCUCAGCUUCUUCACUCAACCGACAAGGAAUCUGCCUUACUGAGCUUUAUCCCCUGGCCCGCCGAUUGCGCCUCCGAUAUAGAGUACGAGCUGACACGUUUCGCAGUUUUUGAUUGCUUCAAGGACCUGCUUUUAUGUGGCUUUUGGGAACCAGGUAACCGCCCUACUAAUGAUGAACUUGCCAGAUCGUACUUGCUGUGCAAUCCAUUUACGAAGCAAUGGAUUGCACUUCCGUUGGCCCCUGAAAGACCAGUGGGGCAUACAGGAUUGUGUGCAAGGUUAGUUUGUGAACCCUUAGAUUCUAAUAGUCUUUUUGGUCUAGGAGAUGGUUCUGAGUAUCGGUUCCGGGUGGUGUGCAUAUACCAAGAUGUGAAUUCUAUGAAACUAGAUGUGUUCUCUUCGGAGUCUGGAGAAUGGACCAAGGAGGCGCUUGUUCUUCAAGGUUACUGCAGACGCGAACGAAGUUGUGUUGUUUCAUGCGAUGGGGUUUUGUAUUUGUCGUAUGCUAGAGCACAAGGCAACCAUGAUGGGCUGUCUGAACCUUUGAUUGCUGCUAUUAAUCCUUUCCGCCUUGAUAUACCUCCCACUCAUAUUGAUGUUUCCCCAGUCUCUGCUAAUAAUCCGUGGUGGGAUAUUUCAAUUUCACAAGGUGCUCUGCACUUGAUUGUGUUUGAGGAGGGCACUAGACCUGCUUCAGCGAGGAUUGUUUUGAGUGUUUGGAGGUUAAAUGAAGACUGUAAAUUCUGGAGGAAGGUAUGCGAAGGUCCGGUGAAGUCAUCAUCAGAGGGGGAGGGCAACUAGAGUUUGUCGCUGAACUAACUGAACAUUUUAGUGGUUGGAGGGUGUUCCAGCCUAAGGUCUCUUGCUGGCCUACUCCAAUUCCAAAGUACCAGAAGUUGCGAGUUAGGUACGAUGGAAGCUAUGACUGUUGGGAUCAGUUUGAUGAACCCGAACCAAUAACUCCCUCGAUAACUGGUACUUGUGUUACUUCUGCUUCUGAGAACUUGCCUUUUGAACAAAUAGAACCCGUCGACGGAGUUGAACAAUCUUGUCAUUGGAAGAAGCUGAAAAGAUGGUGAAAGGCUCCCCUCCUGAGCAAGGAGAGGAAGGAUGACGGGGUUGAAAGGAAAUUCCAAUCUACAAACGAAGGUGCAGGAGUUGAUCUACUGGGGCGGUAUUGGUAGGUGUUGUUUAUGCACUCCGAGCCUAUUUAAAGUAGUUGAAUUGGUAGUUCUCGUAGUGGCUUAUUUCAUGUUGCAUUUUUCGAUUUUGAAAGUGUGUAAUUGUGUUAAGCCUAUGAAUUAGUUGCUUGAAUGUAUGAUUUUAGGAGUUGAUUGUUAUAAAAUCGUGACUUUUAAUACUGGCAAUGAUGCUUAUCACGUUAUGUUCCUUAUUAGUUAAGGGGAAUUUUGGUUUAAAUAAGAAGGAAUGAGGAUACAUGAUACUAUGAGCGACGGAUUUCACAACCCCUUAUUUUGGGGAAGGCUUUUCAAAUCUGUUAAAGAAGUACUAGCUUAGAAAUUCAUGAGGAUUGUCAUAUGAGUUUAAGUAACCUUUUUACUCCAUCAAACAAAGGUUUUUAGCUGAACACUCUUCUUAUAGAAUUUUAUGCUUAAAUCUGUCGUCUGCCACUGAUAACCAACAGUGGAACACCAGGAAAGAGGAGGACGGGGAUUGGAGAUCCGGAGGUUGAAACUCGGAAGAAAAGGAUGCUUAAAUCUCUCUAAUCUUACACGAUACAUGCAGUGGUUGAUGAUUUAAGGAAGCUACUCUAGGACGAAUAUGCAUACCAAUUAGUUCGUGUUCUCCUGUUUUCAGGUCGAAGUCCAGAACAAUGCAAGUCAUACUGCCUAGCCUCUAUUUCCUGGUUUCAUUUGUGAAUGCUGAUUGAAGGAUUCUAUAUAUCGGAAAAUGUAAGUCAUACUGCAUAGCCUCUGUUGUUCGGUUCACGUAAUACUGCUGUGCCUGGGGAGAAAUCAAUUCAAUCCCUUCUCACCUGCCAUGAAAGCAAGCGGCUCAGAAUCCGCAGAAAGAUGGUCUUCUUCCAGUCUUGAUGCCUGAAAGGAAAGAAUUGUUCAGGGAAGCAGAAAUUCUCUGAACACACAGCAUUACAUCGUUUCUGUUUCCAGCAACGAAUUAGAGGCGAAGAACAGAGUGGAAUAAAUGGUUAGAGAGAUUGCAACCAAUGGUGGUGAUUGGUGAAGAAUACACCAGUGACCAUACUUGCAGUGAACUCUGCUGCAAUGUACUUGUCUGAAGUUGACAAAUGGUGGGUGUCCACAGACUUGAAGGCUGCUCAUAUUAGCUCGGUCGAUCCUGUUUGUGGAGCAAUUUAGGUCAGCAAUGAGAAAUUUGGAUAGUUUCCCCGAUGUGCCCGAGAAGGGUGCCUCGUGCCCAUAUUGUUCAAAGACUUGAGGUCUUAUUUGUCCAGUGAGAAGUUGGAGGAACUUUUUAGGGCUUCUCUAAGGUCAUUUGUAGCAUUGAGCUGUAGGAAGGACAGGUUCUGCCAUUCUUCCGACUGCCCUUUGGUCUUCCAAGUAGUGGCAGGCGGCAGGUGCUGCUGAGUUUCAGUUGCUGGUAGCGUUCUGUUUGUGUCCAUGGUGUGCUUUGCUGAGACAUGUAUAAGGUGCCACGUGGAGUGUCACCCAGAAGUGUCUUGCGAGAAGUACAAGGAGUAGAGGGAAAACCACGUACGUCCCCAAUCAUCAGAGUGAUGCGAUUUAUAGUUCAUCGUGACUUAUUAGUUUAUGAUCUUAUAAGACAAAUAUUGACAUAUUUAUCGAAAUUUAGGGGUCGUUUGCUUGUUGGAUUUGAAAAAUGAGGGGUUUGGUCAAUAAAAACCUUGGGAUUUAUGUUGGAUUUAUUGGAUUAUGGAUUUGAAGAGUCUAAUGUUUGCAUGAUAGAUUUGAUGAUGGAUUUGUUAAAUAAAUAACUAACCAUCAAGGAUUUGCAAAUCCCAAAUAAAUAUGUGGGAUUUACAAGUCCGUGGGGUCCACGGAUUUGGUUCCAAAAUAAAGACCAAAUCCGUGGACCCCACGGAUUUAGCACCCUUCAACAAACAAUGGACUUAUGUUAAAUCCAUCAAACUUGGGAUUUGGGUACCAAAUCCAUAACCCAAAUCCAACAAGCAAACGACCCCUUAGAGAAUUCCUUGUAACACGUCUUCACCUUAUUAUAAUUUUGGUUUGUUUUAUCCAUUAUAUUUUGCAGGUUGCAUUGUAUAAAAUGUAGGGAUUGUAUAAAAUGUAGGGGUAGUUUGCUUGUGGGAUUUGGGUGUUGUAUUUGUCACCCAAAUACCAAGCAUUAUGUAUUUUAUAAAAGACUAUUGUUGAGAUUCAAAUACCAAAUGAACUAAAUCUAUGACAAAAAUUCAAUUAAACAAACAAUGUUGUCUUUCAAAUAAAAAAUGCAAUAAAUCCAUCAUAAAUUCAAAGAUUUUCAAAACUCAAAUCCUUCAUUUUGUUACGUAAUAUUUACCCAAUGUGUGUUCAUAUUUAGUAAAAGUUGUAGAGAAGUUUUAUGUCAUAAAUCCAAUAGAUGUUCAUUUUAUGUAAUGGGUAUUAACAAAAAGUUCGUAAAGUGGAAAGGCAAUAUGAAGUGAAUAUUUGGCAUCACUUAACAUUUAAGUGACCUAAUUCUAUUUUACGUAAUAGUUGUAGAAACGACUCCUCGUGAAAAGCAAUCCAGUCGCGAAAUUCUUAAGCCAAAUAGAAUGCAUAAGCAUUUAAUAUAAAGAGCUGGAAUCUAAGCAAUCCACUAGAAACAAAAACGAUAGUGGUUUUAGUAAAGAAAAUUAAAUGUGUUUUCUGUGUGAGUUUCCCUUAGAUUUUACCAUCUUACCGUUAACCAGGUCAUAGAUAAAAUCGAGGUUCUUCUUAUUUAUUUUCUUAUGUCUCCGUAUUAUUAACGUUUUAUUCUGAUUUCUCAUCUACAGUAAAAAUGAUUAGACUUG